AUGGUGGGGGACGGUAAUUGCGGAUUCUGGGCCGUAUCGGCUUUGCUUGGUAAGGGAGAGGAUGACCAUAAGCUUGUCUGUCAUGAACUUAUCGAAGAGUUGAUGAACCAUAAAGACUCAUACACGCGGGUAUUUGGAGACGAAGCUAUAUUUGAAUCGGUUCACGAAGAUCUUGUUCCUUGGUUGGGCGCUUAUGCACAUACUUCAAAAUGGAUGAGAUUCCCGGAAAUGGGACAUCUUAUUGCAUGGGCAUAUGACAUGGUUUACUUGAAACCGGGAUGUCCCAUACCAUCUAUGUCACUGGAAUGGGCACUUCAUCAUACCGAAAUUGCUGAUACGUGGCCGGAUCAUUUUGUGGAUAGGAUGCACGAUUUUGAAAGGUUGAACAACAUCGAAAAGGAAUCAAAUGUCGAAAAGUCAAGAUUAGAACCUCUAAUAGAUUUAGCCGGCGACAGUUCUUUUGAUGUAUUUAUCUAG